ACAGCAAGGCUCGCCGUUCGGUGUGCACGUGUACAACUCACAGGGGAGUUGUGGGAAAUAUUUUAUGAAUUUAUCAGGCUACUAAUUUAACGUUUGAAGCCAGUACAGGAGUCAGAAGAAAGGGACAAGAACAGUCUUUUUGUCCAUGUCCACAGUCUGGAGUGUGGCCUAACAAGCACAGUCUUGUCCAUCCAUCACCUGUGUUGGUCUCAGGACUACAAUGAACAUUCAGUCUGCUAUCAACAAAGAGGUCUUCAUCCCUCGUGAUGAGCGGAUGUUGGUGGCAGUGGAGGUGCGGAGGAGGAAAAAGAAAAGGAUGUCUUUCCUGCCUACUGGAGCCAAAGGAGACUAUGCCACAUUCAUCUGUGUUUCAGUGACCAACAAAAGGCCACAUCAGCUCCUUAUUACAAAAGUGAAGCGGUUUGGUGGCUCCUCCUCCUUCACCAGGAGGUCCCAGUGGACGGUAGAGCAGCUCCGACAGGUCAAUGGCAUCAACCCCAACAAGGACAGCCCAGAGUUUGACCUGGUCUUUGACAAUGCUGUGGACCAGUGGGUAGCCAGCUCAUCAGCAGACAAGUGUAUCUUUGUCCAGAUCCUGUACCAUGCCUGCCAGACCUACUGGGAAGGGAAAGCAGGGAGUCUGGGCAAGGCUGGCCGCCGGGGGAGAGCCAGUCAGAGCGCUCAACGUGAGGCAGAACCUGGUCCCAGUGACUCCUCACCAGGCUCUGCAUCCAAAACCCUGCAGGCCCGGCGGAAGAGCUACGUUCCCCCCAGACACACAGAGUUUGUGAACUGCCAAUCCAAACUCACAGGAGAUGCCUGCACCAUGAAUCUGGUCAUCUACCGCUGCAAAGCCUUCUUGAAUCGCUUGAAGAAUAUUAUGGUUGCAAACCAAAGUCGAUCAGCUGCUCGAGGGCAGCGAGUCACAGGGAGCACUAUGGGUAAUGUAGUCCACAGGGUGAACGUGGCUCUGGGAGAGCGUGGAGACAGACUGACUCAUGCUGAGGACAAGACUGUGGAGCUGUUACACAGAGCCCAGCAGUUUGCAGACACUGCUCACAAGCUGGCCCUGAAGUAUUCAAAGUAGAGUCUGUUGGAGGAUGAAUGGAAUUCUUCAGGUUGCUUAAGAUGAAUCCUGUAACAUAAAUACUAACACUGUCUGAUGCAGUCUGGACUGAGCAGAUGCAGCUCACCCCUCACACUCUUGUGUAACUGAGUGCAGCAGAGAUAACUAAAUACUCUUCAAAUAAUCUUUGCUCUUCUUGCUUAAGACUAGUGAUGGCCUCAUGAAGUCUCAUGAAUCAUUUUGUUUAUUUUCGGAGCCCACUAGAUGGCGCUUUUUCUUCAACAUAAGGUUUAAAGCACACUGAAUUGCCAUUCUUUGAGCCUCUCUCUUUAAACCAAUAGCGCCAUCUAGUGGGCUCAGAAAAUAAAGAAAAUGCUUCACGAGGCUCCAUUCGGCCAUCACUACUUAGGACACCUCUGUCCCAUGUUCUGAGGAUCAUGUACACAGUGUUGACUUUGAUGUUUUGACUGAGAUCAGACAAACCUCCUGUCCUUUCUGAGAAAAAGAAGGCUGGACUUGUAGAUUUAAGCUGCAAUUAUUUAACAUUGUUUUUAUGUGCUGUUCUAAACACCCCUGACAUGCAUUUCCUGUGAGAGACAUUGAAUUGUUUUACCCAUCACUUAGUUCAUUGUUUAAGAAGAUGAAUGCAUAACCUAGAAUCUGUGUGACGGGUAGUACUGCUCAGGGUGAAUUUUUUUUUUUUUUUUUGUAUUUUUUAAUGUGCCUGCACAUGGUUUGGAGUUUAUUGGAUUUGAUUGCACUAAAUGUUUGAUUUGAUGUUGCUCACCACUUGUGUCAUUCAUUUAUCAUCAUCAUGCUGUGUUCCAAAUAUGUAUAUGUGUGUGUGUGUGUGUGUGUGUGUGUGUGUGUGUGUGUCUGUCUGUCUGUCUGUCUGUCUGUCCAAAAAUUUUGUGUCAUGUUGUCAAAACUGUGUGGUAUCUCUGGUGUCCUCAUCAAACUGUCACUUUAUAUUUAGUCUGCUGUGCUGUGUCGUCUGUUCAGUGUGUGUCAUUGUGUGCUUUAAGUUUGUGUCUUAGUCUUUGUGUCUUUGAAAGUUGAGUUAAGGUGGGUCAGGUGGCUCAGAUAAGUUGAAAGAUUUUUCAUAAAGGGCUGUUCCACAGUGAGCAUUGUGAAUGAUGCUGGUCAGUGUAGAAAAGUUGGGGUGACUUUAGAAGGUUGAAAUGUUGACUUCAGUUGAAGCCCUUCAUGUAUGCAUCACCUCUUUCAGUAAUUUGGUGUAGUGGUGAUUUUAACAGUGGGUGGAGUGUUUGUUCUUUUAAUAAAUUUAAUCAAAUUUGGAGUACUUUUAAACAUUAUGGGUCGUGAUGGCCUCAUGAAGCCUCAUGAAGCAAUAUCUUUAUUUUCUGAGCCCACUAGAUGGCGCUGGUUUUAAAGAGAGAGGCUCAAGAAUGGCAAUUCAGUGUGUUUUAUAGCUUUUGUUGAACAAAAGGUGCCAUCUAGUAGGCUCAGAAAAUAAAGUAAAUGCUUCAUGAGGCUUCAUGAGGCCAUCACUACUUAUGGGAACAGAGGGAAAUUAUUUCAACUAAGCUUUUCUUUUAUGCUUUGUUUACUGCUUUUGGCUAUGGUUUAAUGUGUGUCUGAUGUAAUAACUUAGUGAUGAUGUUUCCUCUCUUUGAACGCAUUAAAUAAUC